CGCGGGUCUUGCAAUUUAGUCAGUGAACACCAGUCGAUCAAUUGACACAGAGGUGGAUAGAUAAAGUAAAAUACAAUUUUUCGAACCCACGUAUCUUCGCACUGUUUCUCGCAUCUAAGAAAGACAACAAUCUCAGAAAGUGUGUUCAAAAGAAUAUAAAUGCAGCUACCGGAAUGGGCCAUCGUAAUAUACGAUCUUCUACUUUUCACGGGAAUGGCGAUUAUCUACAUAAGCGAAGCUAUUAUUUUGACGUUUAUCCCACGACGUUAUCGCGUAAAGUCUGUGAAAGGUGAGAUCGCCCUAAUAACGGGAGGUGCGGGAGGAAUUGGACGAUUGAUUGCAAUUAAACUGGCAAAUCUUGGAGCACACGUUGUUAUCUGGGAUAUUAAUAAAACUGGGCUUAAGGAUACAGUCCAAGAGAUUAGACGCAGUGGAGGAAAAUGUUGGGGUUACUAUUGCGAUAUCACCAGUAGGGAAGAAGUUUACAGAAUGGCAAAGAUUGUGCAGAUCGAAGUUGGCUCAGUAACAUUAUUGAUAAAUAAUGCAGGUUACGUAUAUGGAAAAACGCUUUGGGAAUUACCAGAUGAUGAGAUUAUACGUACUUACAAAGUGAACAUUCUAUCCCACUAUUGGAUUACCAAAGCAUUCAUGAAGGAUAUGAUGAAAAACAAUCACGGUCAUAUUGUAACUGUAGCAAGCGUGGCAGGACUUUUAGGGACCUAUAAUUGUACUGAUUAUUCGGCGACUAAAUUUGCGGCUAUCGGUUACCACGAGAGUCUCUUCACUGAACUUAAAACUCACGAGUACGACGGAAUUCACACCACUUUAGUUUGCCCCUAUUUUAUAAAUACGGGUAUGUUUCACGGGGUAAAGCCAAGACUGAUGCCAAUGUUAGAACCUGAGUAUGUUGCGCAAGAAGUUGUAUCUGGAAUAUUAUUAAAUCAAGUAAUCGUUGUAUUACCUGGAUCAGUUAGAUACCUCCUGCCAUUGAAAUGCUUAUUGCCAGCAAAAUUAUGCUGGGCAUUAAUGUAUCAUAUCAUACAAGGACCACAGUCUAUGAUGAUGUUCCAAGGAAGGGGGGAAAUACAAGCAUUGAAGAAUAACAAUAACGUUGCAAUAAUGCCCGAAGAAACUGUACAUUAAUAUAUAGAAAUUCGGCCAAAUUUGUAUUAAGUAGAGAUUAGCAUGACAUGAAUUUCAUUCAUUAAUACCAAGUCUGAUUAUUUAUUUGUAAAUUAUUUUCGGUGACUUUCUUUAGUUUUUAAAUAUCACGUACAUUUAUAAUAUAAUGUAAAACAAGUUCACAAUAAAUCGUAAAAAUAAUGUAACCCCUGACCAAGUUCCCAUAUAGAUAUACCUGUACCCAACUCUGCUGCAAGAUCCAGUCGAUGUAAAAUAGAAUA